CUGGUCCCUCUUCGCUUCGCGGUUCAGUCUGCUACACAGCACCAAUAAAAUAUUAUCGAAUAGUUCUUUAUAUAUAGUUCAUCAGCGGUAUUCAGUUCUUUCUCAGUUCUUCACUAUCUGAGAUUCCUGAAGACCUAAGAGGGUGCUUAGGUUGUUAGCUGUGAUUUAUUUCCUUAAGAUGAUCUUCAUCCUGCUCUUCAGCGUGGUCGCCGUGGUACAGGGAGCGCCGGAUCCUUGUCCUUCCGAAAUCUACUGCCACGGACCUCUCCUCCACACCAUUCAGAUGGCGUCCAUCUUCAAAGAUUCCAAGACCUUCGUCGACAUGAAGAUGAAAUGGAACACCAGUGAAACCCUCCUUCGUUUCGACGAUAUGAUGAACAAGACCGGUUCAAGCCCUACCAUUGAAGAUGUCAAGGUCUUCGUCGACGCUAAUUUCGAUCCAGCCGGAUCCGAAUUCGAGAGUUGGUUACCAAGCGACUGGCGCGAAGACCCACUCUUUCUCAAGGGUAUCAACGACAGGUUUUUGAAGAAGUGGGCUGAGGGACUCAACGACUUGUGGAAAGUCCUCGGAAGAAAGAUGAAAGACGAAGUAAAGGAAAACAUUGAGCAGUACUCCAUCAUUUACGUUCCUAAUCCAGUUAUCGUCCCAGGAGGUAGGUUCAGAGAAUUCUAUUACUGGGAUUCUUACUGGAUUGUUCGCGGACUCUUGCUUUCUGAGAUGUUCGACACCGUCAAGGGUAUGCUAGUCAACUUCUUAUCCAUCGUUGAACGCUACGGGAUGAUACCUAAUGGAGGCCGUAUCUAUUAUCAGCAGCGAUCUCAACCUCCACUUCUCAUCCCCAUGAUGGAGUCUUAUCUCCAAGCCACUGAUGACUUGCCUUUGCUUGAAGACAGCAUCGACGUGUUAGAAAAAGAAUUCGAAUUUUGGCUCUCUAACCACACUCAAUUUAUCGACAAAGAUGGAGUUUCACACAGGUUAGCUUUGUACGGAGAUUUCUCUCAAGGACCUCGACCUGAAUCUUACAGAGAAGACGUCAAUUCUGCUCAAUGGAUGCCUACCGAAAACGACAAAAACGCAUUUUACUCCGAACUGAAAGCGGCUGCUGAGUCUGGUUGGGAUUUCUCUACUAGAUGGUUCAUCAAUGCUAAUGGAUCAGCUUAUGGAAACCUGACCAAUACCAAAGUCCGUUCUAUCGUUCCGGUGGAACUCAACGCCAUCCUCUGUUGGAAUGCUAUGCUCUUGUCCAAAUUCCAUGAAAGGCUCAACAACACCGUAAAAGCAGAGCAAUACAAAAAAAUAUCCGAUGAAUGGAAAGAGGCAAUCGAUAAAGUUCUUUGGCAUGAAGAAGUAGGAUCGUGGUUGGACUAUGACAUGAUCAACAACAUGAAGAGAGAUUAUUUUUAUCCGACUAAUAUCGCUCCGUUGUGGACGGGGGCUUACGACGUUGAAAAGAAGGAAUAUUACGUCAGUAACGUUCUCAAGUAUCUUGACAAAACUAACAUCAAGGUUAACGUAGGUGGUAUUCCAUCGACUCUGAUCCACUCGGGAGAGCAGUGGGAUUACCCCAACGCUUGGCCUCCAUUGCAGUACAUCUUUAUUGUUGGAUUGGAGAAUACCGGGGAUGUCCACGCACAGAGAGUCGCCUAUGAUUGGGCAGAGAAGUGGGUGAGGAGCAAUUACGAAGCUUACGCAGCCAAUCAUCAUGCCAUGUACGAGAAGUACGACGCUACAGUUGUAGGAGAGGGUGGCGGCGGUGGCGAGUACGAGGUACAGCUUGGGUUCGGGUGGUCCAAUGGUGUCGUGAUGGAGCUGUUGGACAUGUACGGGGACCGGUUGACCAGCAGUACUGCGGAGGUACCGACAGAGCCGCCGGCCAACAAGGCCUCACUACAGAGCCUAGGCACAGCACAGUACCUGGGACAGCUCGUCACGGUGGCACUCGCCUUCUCGGGCACUCUUGCCGCGGGGGCUUUUAGCGCUCUGCUCUGCCUGAGGUACCAGCUUCGACCAGGUUACAACAAGCUCCAGUCCUACUAGGCACAGCAAUCAAAAUGCAACAUCAACAAUGCUUAAGACCUGCAUUUCUCCGGGUGAUAAAUUGAAAGUAUUUUACUUUGCGUGUACAUUUGUGAUAUGUAUUUACUACUUUAACUUUGUAUUAUUAAUUUUUAACAUUGUCUAUGUUAAUAGCUUAUCCCAAUGUUAGGCCUAUUUAAUUGUAACAUAGUCGAAUUUUGAUAAUGUUUUGUUUCACUGUGGAUAUUUAUUGUUUUCGUUCUAGAAGAUAUAAAUUGUAUAUUUCCUUGAAGCUAUUGGAGUAGUGGUGGAAGUCGGGCUUUGCCCCGGUGCUAAGUCACUAAAACUUUUUAUAAUUUGCGUACUUUAGAGAUCUCGCUGAGUCCUUAGAACCCAUGGGGAGGCCGAAGUGUAUUCUAUUUUGUAACUACUUGAUAUUUUAUAUAUUUGGGGAAGAAUGUAGAAUAGAAAUAGUGUCAUGUUCUAAAAAUUCCAGUCAAUUCUCAACACCUUAUACCCCACAAGUCGACUGACACGCUGAGCAUGUUUUUGAAUUAUUUUUGAUUUUUCUAGUUGCUCUCAACUACUGUCAGUUAGUAAUGUAUUUUAUUUAUUUUUUUAUUUUAUUUGGUUCGCGCCUAUAUUGUAAUAAUUCUCAACUACCUAAGAAAGUUUUAUAUCUUUUUAGUUCCUUCGUUUAAUUUAUACUGUACAAACGUUUUACCCUAUCCUUUGGAUUAAUUUACUGUUUCUAGAUUACAUUGUACCUGAAUAAUUAGUUUUACUGUUAAUAUUCCAUUUUUUUUUUAUUUAUUUUAAGUUUAACCAUUAUUUAAGCACUCGCCCUUGGUAUUCUAAAACAGCUGUUUUUAGAAUAAAUUACGCUUAAAUAUAAUAAUUGUGUGAGACGAAACGUACUGCUGGCAGGAAAUUUCGUUUUAUUUUUAAUGAAAUUAAAAUAUUAUUAUAUUUAAAUUUUAGUCCUAUUUACGAGAGAUAAUCACCAUUUUUACCUAAUGUAUUUUGUUUAGCUUGAUAAAUGAGCCAUAAGAGCUGAAAUUUGGUGCCUCUUGUACUAUUUAUAAUAUUUUGUAGAUUUGAUUAUUUAUUUGUAAGAAUCGAUGCUUUUCAUGUUGUAGCAUGAGCUCGAAUAACGAAUGUGUAGAUAAUCUAUUUUCAAUUAUAUACAUGUAAGGCAUAUUUAUUGCUAUCUUUAAAAAAGAAAUUAUAUAUAUGUAUUAUUAAGAUUGAUUUAAUUUUAUUUUACUUGAGAACAUCUCGCAUUGUAUAAAUAAAACUAUUUUUGUUUGUAAAUAAAGAUCAGUAUUUUGUGAAUUUUGUAAAUAACAUGUUU